UCGAGGUAUAGGAGCGGGGAUUGCAACACUGAUGGCAAUAAUAUUGUCAGCUAUAAUUAUUAUAUAAAUUAGCCUUGCAGCAAAUGUGAACCAGUGAGGACUCUACAAUGUCAAUGGCGAGUAAAGAGAGAGGGAGCUCUAUUCUACUGUACAGCAAGACAGCAGGUGUGAUCCUGGGUCACCCUGAGCUCAGAGCCUUGAGUGGAGAGGGGGACGAAGAUGCUGGAGAUACAACCACGUCCACUUCUGGUCCUCCUUCUGUACCGGACAGUUUAAUUCGCCUCAUUUCACUGGAGGAGCUUAUGAGCAUUGACGACGACGAAGAUGCUAGCGCUAACGAUGAUGUCAUGCCCCCAGGAGAGGAGAUGGGAGCAUCCUCAGUGGAGUAUAUAACCCUAAAUCAACUGACCGCUCAAGAAGUACGGAAGGAGAUGUUUUGCAAUACCUGUCAGACGGGUUUUACGAUCCGUGAGGAGCAGGUGGAGCACUACCAGCUGGACUGGCAUCGCUACAAUCUCAAGAGGAAAUUAAAGGGGCUUACCCACGUCAAUCAAGAGGACUUUGAAAAAAUUUCAGGAGAUCUAUCAAGUAUAUCUGGGUCAGAGAGUGACUCCGCCCACUCUGGCAAGGAGGAUGAACCACGCCCCCUUAACAGCGAGCUAUCACAAACACCAUUCAUCUACUUCACCACGACCGAUAAAAACGGCCAGAAACUGUUUGCCGUGUAUCGAAGCACUGUCACCAGGGCUAAGAGGGGUGGGGCUAAAGUGGAGGCAAUAAAGAGUCUAACAAACGAGCAGGUCUGGAUUGUCCUGAUGAGAUCUGGUGGUCAUUUCGCUGGAGCUGUAUUUAGAGGUCAUACGGUAGUGGCUCACAAGACCUUCCAUCGCUACACAGUGAGGGCCAAGAGAGGCACAGCACAGUCAGUGAGGGACGCACAGGGGGGAGGACACGGGCCAAAGUCAGCUGGUGCCAGUCUGAGACGCUAUAACGAGACCGCACUAGCUCAAGAGACACAAGACCUCGUAGCAUCAUGGGAUGUCCAUGUACAAGAGGCCAGUGCCAUAUUCAUCAAAACUCCCAAAUACAGUCGUGAUAUUCUAAUCGGAGGAGGCAAAGCUCCGUUCUCAAAAGAUGAUCCUCGAUUACGUGCAAUUCCAUUUCCCACAAGAAGGCCGACACUGUCUGAAGUGAAGAGAGUCCAUUCUCAGCUAGCUAGUGUAUACAAGGUCCCUCUGUCAGCGUUGGUUGGGAGGGAGCAAACUGCUGUGAGGAAAUCACCACGAGCCAAGAAGAAGUCCUCUCCCAAUAUUUCAGCAAGGAAAGAGGUGGUGGUUGCUGAGGCUGUCGCUGAUUUAGAACUGAGUGAUGAAGGAGUUAAUCAAAAUCAAUCGUCUAAAGUGACUGUGGAGAAAAGCAGCGAUGAAAAGAUUAGCAAGAAAAAGAGGAGAAAGAAAGUGACUGAAAAACAAGAAGUGUUCCCUGAUGCUGUUCAGAAACUGUUGAAGACUUGCUGCGACCCUGAGGACAAUGCAGAGCUACUGACUGAGCAGCUGCACUCACUGCACCUCCACCCUCUAGCAGACCACUCACCCACAGUGUCACAACCACACGGGGAAAGUCAAGAAGCCACUAACAGCCCUUCUCCACUGGUCAUGCUCAGUAGUCAACUCACAGAGCAGGUGCACCUCCAUCCUCUAGCAGACCACUCACUACCAUUGUCACACAAGGCAACACUGCCAGUCAACACAACUGAAGGGGAACCUAUAGCAAGUCAAGAAGCCACAAACGAACUUUCUCCACUGGAUAUGCUCAAUAGUCUAUGGGGUGGCAGCACACUACUGCAUGUAGCAGCUGCCACUGGAAACGUGGCUAUUGUAUCGUCUCUCCUCUUGCAUGGGGCAGACCCUGUCGUUAAGGAUGUAUCAGGAAAGAGCCCGUAUCUGGUAUCCAAGGACAAACCUGCGCGUGACUCAUUCCGACGCUUCAUGGCAUCACAUCCGUCAGCAUACGAUUAUGACUCCGCCCACAUUCCCAGUCCACUUACGCAGGAUAUGGAGAAAGAGAGGCGAGAAAAGACGAAUGAGAAAAAGAAAGCCCAGAAAAAAGCGAGGAAACAACGAGAAAAGGAGAUGAAGUCAGUUCGUGAGGUAGAGAAAAUAUCGUCGUCAAGAGAACAGAAAUUGGCUGAAUUGAGUGGGAGAGAGAAAAGAGCUUUGGCAGCCGAGAGAAGAUUAGCCACCCAACUGCCCUCUGACACUGCUGUAGUGAGGGCUGGCAGGUGUUGUAGGUGUGGUCAGGGUCUGGCUGGAGUGAUGCCCUUUGAGAGACUGAGUUACAAGUACUGUUCUAUGACCUGUUUGAAGCAACACAGAGAACACUUAGAGAACAAUCAAAAACACACUUAAUUAUUAUGUUCUGAUGUUGAAAUGUGAGGCAGGCCAUCUUAAUUUAUGUAGGAUUGAAUCAUACAGCAAUUGUUUUAUCAA